AUGUUUGAACAUUCUGUAAAAGUUCCAAGACAUUAUAAAGUAGCUGCAAAUAUUUUUAAAAAGGUUGCCACAGAAGGCGGUAGUGUCAAGAAUUUACUGUACGACGAUAAAUUAAAGCAUUUCAGAACUAAUGUGCUUUACGCACUCAUAACAGAGACAAUUAAACAUGCGACUGAUAUUGAUAAAAUAUUUGAAAAUUGUGGUAUUUUGGCGAAAGAACAGCGGCUAGAUCCCUGGCUCGCUAAAAUUCUUACCGCUGAGUUACUUUUCGGCAAAAAGACUCUGCCUGGGAAAAGCAAACCUGAACUGACAAUAUUAUCAUAUAAAGAACAGUUUGAGAACUUUAGGAGUGAAAAUCCAGAUGAAGUGAAAUCUAAAGUUGUUCACAGACCACGAUACGUCAGGAUAAACACGAACCUGUUAACCACCUCAGAUGCCAUAAGAGCAUUCCAAGACGAGGGUUACAAGUUCAUAAGAUGUACGUCAGGGUCAUACGACGAUUACUUGAAGCAGAUCCAGGGUUUGACGGAGUAUGAUUUCACUCAGGACUACCAUGUGAAAACUGUGUUUGUGUUUGCACCGGGGACCAAGUUUCAUGACCAUGAAUUGUAUCUGAAUAAUCAGAUUAUUUUGCAAGAUAAGGCCACAGCUCUGGCUGUACAUCUACUCGCCCCGCCAUCUGGCAGCACAGUAUUAGACAUGUGUGCUGCUCCAGGUAUGAAGACCACACAAGUUGCUGCAUAUCUACGAAACCAGGGUAAGGUGUACGCUGUUGAAAGAAAUGAUCAGAGAUAUGAAACACUGUGUCAAUUAGUUGAGAGCACUUCGUCGAAAUGUGUUGAGACCAUACAUAAGGAUGUACUGGAGAUUAAGAGAAGAGAUUUAGAUGAUGUGGAAUAUAUACUGUUGGAUCCUAGCUGUUCGGGAUCUGGUAUGGAUUUUUCUGUUCACAACUACAUCGAAGACACGAGGCUGGCUAAACUAACCUCGUUACAAGAGAAAUUUCUGAAACACGCAAUGAACGCGUUCCCUAAUGCAAAACGCAUCGUCUACAGUACAUGCUCGAUAUUUCCCGUGGAAAAUGAACGGGUUGUGACGAACGUGGUGAAGACUUCAAGAUCUAAGUGGAGGGUGCAAGAUGUUAAGGAAUUAUUGAAGAACCAGUGGAAUAACUUCGGUUCAGGAAUGUAUGGCAGUAUGGGUACUAGGUGCUUAUAUGCUAGACCAGAUUCUGAUAUGACUACUGGAUUCUUCUUAGCUGUGCUUGAUAGAGACCAAAAAGCCCAUGAAGAUGAGGGGAAAUCUCUUAAUAUUGAUAAUAAUAAAGACAAAAGUAAAACUAAAGACAUGUCAAAUUGUAAGGCAGAUCAUGAAGCUCAAAAUGCAUCUGCCUUAGAUGAGGUUACUGACGUCAUAGUAAAGAAGAAAGAGAAAAAUCAAGAAAAUGAGAACGAAAUCAAAAAUAAUAGUGAAAUAGCAUCUGAAUUAACAAAUGGUGAUGUUGAAACUAAAAUAAAGAAAAAGCACAAAAAGAAAAAAUCCAAGGAUGACAGUAAUGAUCAAGAUGUUACAGAAGAAGUGAUUACAGAAUAUCAACAGGAUGUAACAGAAGUAGACCAUUCAGAAAGAACAGAAAAUAUUGAAACCGAGAACAAGAACAAAAGAAAGAAGAAUAAAACUAUAGAACAUAAUUUGGGUGACGAUGACAACUUGAAACAAAAUCACGAACCAGAUGAAACCGGUUUAAAUGAACCUACAAAGAAGAAAAAAAAGAAAAAUAGAGAUAACGAAAUAUCUACAGCAAAUUAUAGUUCUGUUUUAAAUAGCUCAGAUUUUAAAGAAAAUAAUGAAAAGCAGAAAAAGAGGGAUGGAGAAGAAUCUACACCAAAUUAUAGUUCUGUUUUAAAUAGCUUAGAUUUUACAGAAGAUAAUGUAAAAGAACAGAAAAAGAAGAAAAAGAGGGAUAAAGAAGAAUCUACAGCAAAUAAUAGUUCUGUUUUAAAUAGCUUAGAUUUUACAGAAGAUGAUGUAAAAGAACAGAAAAAGAAGAAAAAGAGGGAUAGAGAAGAAUCUACAGCAAAUGAUAGUUCUGUUUUAAAUAGCUUAGAUAUUACAGAAGAUAAUGUAAAAGAACAGAAAAAGAAGAAAAAGAAAAAGCAUUUGGAUGAAUGA